AUGUAUACCCAUCUUUGGGAAACGAUCGUGCUAGUGACGGCGCUUGUAAAGGCGCACUCAACCCACGCCGGCGCAUAUUUUGCCAUCGAACCAGAUACCUACGUCGACCCCAAAGACGCACAACCCCCGAGCUCGGCCUCGGCGACAUGCCAAGCGGCAUUCCAGUACCUCUACUGCAUCCCCGGCACCUACACCUACGUCUUCUUCGGAGCCAUCAAGCCGUCGCUGCAACCCAGCACCUCGUACGCCACGGCGCUGAAUGCCAGCAUCGCCUUCAUCGACAUGUACAUCGGAUCCCACGGCGACGGUCCGGUCCCGGAUGGUCACCAAUACGUAUCCAACACCGGCACGGGCAUUCUCAUCUACGCCGAGGAUGCCGGCGGGCAUCAUCUGACGUGGGGAGUCUUCGGGGUGGCGAUGCAGGGGCUGAAUGCCUGGAUGGCGGAUACGGAGAACGGCUACUCGGAUGCUAUGUUUCAGAUUAAUGACGGGAAGAACGAGGUUGGGAAUGGCUAUGUUGGAGCGGUGGACCAGGAUGGGGUUUGUGUCUUCGCCAAUGCUUUCACACCGGAUACGCCGUGUGUUGCUGUGGACUCGAAGGGGCUGGUGUAUGGGAACCAUGGGGGUGUGGUUUGUUAG